UCCACCAGCCACUGUGGGCACAGAUGGAUCUGCCAACCACAUGCACAGGACCUUGAGAGGCUGCUCGGGCCUUGAAAUGAUUCUUCUUACAAGGAUUUUCCUUCUUCCUCAAGGGAAAGAAAACCCAUUGAUAUAACGCCCCACUUGCCUUCCGGCUUCCCCUGCUAACUGCCACUCCAACAGAGACGGAGUGUGGGCAAAUACAGGAGAAAGAAAAAAUCUUUUUUUCUCCUUUCCCUACCUCCUCGACAACACUCUGUCCUCUGCUGCAGCCAAUGCACGCCGAGCCACCUCCGGCAAUCUACAUGCUCACCAUCAAGGGACACAAGUGCAGCAGAUGCUGACUCAGCCCAUGCCAUUAAGAGUUACAAAGCAAGAAGAAAUUUGGAAGCUAUGCGUAGGGCGCGCAGGCCUCCACCAGGGCAGCACAGGCACUGUGACAGAUGCUUCAACCGUCACUGCCACAUGCCUGUGGAGCCUGGUGUCUCCUGCCUGGUGAUAAACUGCCACCUGUCCUGCGGCGCUACCUUCCACAUGUGCAAAGAGGCAGAGCACGAGCUUCUGUGCCCUUUAGAGCAGGUUCCGUGCCUCAACUCCAAAUCUGGCUGCCCCCUUUCCAUUUCCCGCCACAAGUUGGCCAAGCACCUGCAAGUGUGCCCCGCCAGCGUGGUCUGCUGCUCGAUGGAGUGGAACCGCUGGCCAAACGUGGACUCUGAAACAGCCCUUCACGAGAACAUCAUGAAAGAGACCCCCAAUGAGGAGUGCUUGGACACAGCCCUGGCCCUCCAAGACCAGAAGGUCCUCUUUAGAUCUCUGAAAAUGGUAGAACUUUUCCCAGAAGCUAGAGAACCCAUGGAAGAGGAACCUACCAUGAAUGGUGAAGCCAGCUGGAAGGAAAUGGAAGGAGCGGUGGGCGGGGCAGAUGCUGGUUUGGUAACAAGCGGCUCUCUGUCAACCACCAACGGAGAGGUGGCAGAGCUGAGUCAAGAAGAACGAGAGGUAUUAGCCAAAACCAAAGAAGGGAUGGAUCUAGCCAAGUUUGACAAGUGGGAAAAUAUGUUCAGCAAAGAGCACGCGGCCUCUGCUUUAACGAGCUCAUCAAUGAGCAGUGAGGGCACGAGCAGGGACAGCCCAGAGAAAGAACAGAUUUCCAGCAGCAACAACACAGUAGAAGAGAGCGCUGCCAAAGGGAAAGAGACACAGGAAGACCAGAAGCAGCGGGACUUUCAUGCAGCCAUAGAAAAGUCAGGGCUUGCCCCUUGGCAGGAUGGUGUUCUGGAAAGACUGAAAACAGCUAUGGAUGCAAAGGACUAUAAUAUGUACCUGGUGCACAAUGGAAGGAUGCUUAUUCACUUUGGUCAGUUGCCUGCUUGUACACCUAAAGAGAGAGACUUUGUUUAUGGCAAUCUUGAGGCUCAGGAAGUGAAGACUGUUUACACCUUCAAAGUUCCCGUGAGCUACUGCUGGAAGCGGGCUCACCUCAGAGACACCUUGUCGAGUUGUAGGCCAAGUGAACACAAGGCAGUAGAUACUUUGGAUUUAGGGAUCACUGUGGAGGACCUGCCCAAAUCAGAUCUCAUCAAGACCACCCUGCUGUGUGCUCUGGAAAGAGAACUCAAAGGUCAUGUCAUCUCUGAAUCCAGGAGCAUUGAUGGGCUGUUCAUGGAUUUUGCUACACAGACAUACAGUUUUGAGCCAGAACAAUUUUCCUCCAGGACGGUGCUGGCUGACCUUCUAACCACUGCCAACCCGAAUGGGCUCCAUAUGGAGCUCCACAGUGAGUGUGUGACCAGGAGACACAACAAGAGCAGUUCUGCCUUUACUUUCACUUGCAACAAAUUCUUCAGGAGGGAUGAAUUCCCCCUACAUUUCAAGAAUGUCCACACAGACAUUCAGUCAUGUCUCAAUGGUUGGUUCCAGCACCGAUGCCCCCUUGCCUACUUGGGAUGUACCUUUAUUCAAAACCAUUUCUGUCCCCCAGGGCAAAAGGCAAAAGUAAUCUACAGUCAGGAGCUCAAGACCUUUGCCAUCAAGCCGGAGGUUGCUUCAGAGCUGAGUGAGGGAGGGAACAGCCAUCUCUCAGGCCGUGAAGGAAAAAGCCAGAAUUCUCUAACCAGCCUGCCCCUGGAGGUUUUGCAGUACAUUGCUGGGUUCUUAGACAGCGUCAGCCUAUCCCAGCUCUCCCAGGUGUCCGUGCUGAUGAGGAAUAUCUGUGCCACUUUGUUACAAGAGAGAGGGAUGGUCCUCCUGCAGUGGAAGAAGAAGAGGUAUUCCCAUGGAGGCACCUCGUGGAGAGUUCACAGAAAGAUCUGGCAAUUCAGCAGCCUCUUCUCUAAAAUCAAGAGCUGGGAGUUUAAUGAAGUUGCCUCCAUGUCUGAGCACCUGAAGUCCUGUCCUUUCAACGUUGUAGAACACAAGACUGACCCAAUUCUUUUGACCAGCAUGUGUCAGCCCCGUGAGCAGGCCUGAGAGACUUUAGUCACCACCUUUAAAGCCAGACCAAGAGGAAGACACACCUACUAAAGGCUCAGAAGCCACCAUUCUUGGAUUCCCACUCAGGGUUACUGAAAGUUCGACAGAGUUUGGUUUUGAGGACUUCCUUCUGUAAAUUGCAAAUGUGCUUAUCUGGGUGUUUUGGAACAUGCAAUGUCCUUCAAAACCUGAGCAGCUGCACAAGGUCGAAGAAUUUCCUAAGCCAUGGCUUGUAUAACUGCUAUAGUGCCAUACUGAUAACUUAUUCCCCCCCCCCACCACCACUUUUUUUCUAAAAUAAAUCAGUCUGUGAAGUAUUUUAAA